UAAAGGCAUGUCUUUCUGAUUCAUGAUAAAAAACCAAAGGGGGUUAACUUCACAGGACACAGGAAAGUUUCCCCACAGAUGUUUGUGCGCUCUUUGUUCCGUCCAUGCGAAUAUACGUAGAAAAUCCCGAAAACUGAGCCGCGGGCGCACAGUGGGCUGCACACUCGGAACGAGCGCAAGGACACUAAAGAAGCGCUUCACUGAGGGGAACAGAGGAAAAGCAGAGGAAGGGAGAGCGAGAGAGAGUGUGUGAGAGAGAUUGAGAUAGAGUUCCUAUCUCACUCUCGCAGUUGAGGUCUUCAACGGAUCGUGCAUCUCGCAACUGCAGGACAAUGUCUAGUAAAGCGACUUUAGCAUUACUCAUCUAUGGAAUCAUAAUGCAUUACAGCGUCACCUGCUCACCUGUGGGGCUUAGCUUUCCAAGUGUUAGUGGAGUUUAUGAUGAGGAUGGUAAUUCUUUACCGUCUCUGGAUUAUGAUGGAGACCAGAUAGAGGUGAGAAGCCCUUCAUCAGUCGCUGACGACGUUUUCAGUUUCUUCUACCCUCCGGAGAAAAGAACGGAAAGGCAUGCAGACGGCAUGUUUAAUAAAGCCUACAGGAAAGCGCUGGGUCAGUUAUCAGCAAGGAAAUACCUUCAUUCUCUGAUGGCAAAACGUGUAGGUGGUGGGAAAACGUUGGAUGACAGCUCAGAGUCCCUCUCCAAGCGACACUCAGAUGGGAUCUUCACAGACAGCUACAGCCGCUACAGAAAGCAAAUGGCAGUCAAGAAAUACCUGGCAGCGGUCCUAGGGAAAAGCCUUGAAGACAUAGAUUUUCAUCAUAUCCUACAAGAGAUAGACUUUGAUGUCCUCCCGGACGGGGAUGAGUUUGGAGCUUUUUUGAAGAACUGGUUGAAACAGUUCUUUCCCGAAUUUGCGGUGAGUUUUCCGCUCUUUCCUGAGGCCAUUUUAUCACUGGGGGCCUCUCAUGGCCCCUCCCCUUUUUUUCUUCUUCUCACUUUGUGAUCUUGCUUCAAACACUCGAACCCAACUCUUCUUCCACCUCAUUUGUGCUCCUGUCUCACAGAUUUUCAUUCCACCUGUAAAAAAACAAGCAUAUAGGCUUGAAAUGGAAAGGCUUUGCUUGGGCCAAUAUACUAUACAUAUCACAGAUUGAUUUCAAGAAAAUAAGUGGCUUUAAUAAUGCUUGUUUUUAAGUUGGAAAAUUUUUCCAAAAGAAAGAUCCCAAAUCUGAGAUGAGAACCAGAGUACUUUUGAGGUUUUUCUCGCCCUGUUUUUCUUCCACAUUGUUUAUAAAUUGAGCUUACUUCUUUGACUCAUGUAAAGUGCCAAUCCUGUGUUUUUCUGGACUUCAUGUGUUUGGAAACCUCUUAAUCUGCUAAAGGUUUUCUCAUGUCUCUCUGCCCAUAUAAUAAGUAUCACUCUCAUCCCAAGCACCAUCAGGCAAAAAAAAAAAAAAAAAAAAAAAAAAAAAGUAGAGAAAAUAAAUGAUACUUGUUAUAUGGUGACUUAUCCAUCAGUUUGUUCUUUGUGAGAGACAUAUGAGGCAGUUUGAACUCUUGUGUUUGAACCCUCUGGAUCUAUUGUGCUUCCCUUUUCUGUCAUGUGAACCAAUGUACAAACUACAAUAGACUGCAUGAUUAAAGUAAUUGCACUAGCCACCGCAUCUGUGCAGACAACUAGAUGGUUUUGCUUGCUUUCUGACUACUACAAACAUACAUACCUACCUGUCAUUGCUGGAUGUUAUUUUAUGUUUCAUUUUCCUCACUUACAUUUCAACACUAGCUGUAUGUUGAACCUUGUCCUCUAUUGAAUAAUCACUGAAUGUACUUUACUGCUGGCAAGAAUUUCAAACUCUAAUGUCAUGCUUUAUAAUUUCUGGAAAGUUUUGUAACCUAAUUUGAAAUUGUUUAUAAGGGAAAAAAUAUGUGAACAAAUACAGGGAUUAGUUUUAUCAUAUAUAGCUGCAAAUUAUCACACAAGCAGCCCCAGCUGAUCACAUUUAAAGAACAUUAUAAGCAGAAACACAGUUAAGAAGAUACCAAGGUUGAACCAACUGAUCAUAAACAGGCUGGGUUUGGGAAAGUAAGAAAAUCAGACAAAAUCUAUCCAACCAGACUCAGAGUUUAUACAUUUCUUACGAAAUACACGAGACCAGGCCAGUGAAACAAAUAACAGGGUAAAGUUAUUCAGUUUGUAUUUACUGUAUCAAUCUUUCUUUAAUUUUGCAUUCCCCUCCAGGCUUUGUGACGCAGGGAGCAGUUUGCGGCUGUGGUGCCUUGCAUCGACUUUAAAAUCGCCAUGAAUCACAGAUGGCUAUUUAGUGGCCCUACUAUGCUGCACAUCAUCAGCUUAACAUUUCACCCUUUUCUGUUGUUGUCUUUGUGUUGCACCAAUGUUUGAUAGGAUCCUAGGCGCCAUCCAACUUAGACGUCAAGCGUUUUUGCUUUCACUGCUUUUCCUUUGCAUCUUGUUUUAGAGCAUUAGAUUUGUUCAUGGAAACAGAGGAAAGCGCUAGCUUCUCCAUGAAAGAUCAUAUGUAUUAUAAUGAAAGCGCCAAUAGCCUUACAAAACUGAAAUAAUCUUUAAAUAUAUAUAUAUAUAUAUAUAAUAUAUAUAUAUAUACUGUGUGGAAAGUGAAUAUUAGAUUAUUACUUCUAAUGGCAAUCUGCAAGGGUCAAGUCAAUAAAUGUCUAAAAAAAAAGGUGUUGUAAGAUUUGUAUGAAUAAAUUUUUGUAAACAACAAA